AUGGAAAAAUUCCUGAGUGGUUAUGGCGUCUUCCUCAUCUUAGAUUUGGAGAUUAACCGCUUCAAAGGAGCACUUCCUCAUCUACCACUCUCUAUCAACGACUUCUCUGCAAGGAACAAUAGUUUCAAUGGGGACAUACCUCUUUCAAUCUGCAACAGAAGUUCGCUUUUUCACCUUGACCUAACCUAUAACAACUUCACUGGCCCAAUUCCUCAAUGUCUGAGUAACUUGACGUUUGUGUAUCGACGCAAGAACAACUUUCAAGGAAGUAUUCCAGACAAGUUCUACGCCAGUUCCUUUCUACGGGCACUCGACGUUAGCUUCAAUCAACUAACCGGAAAGCUUCCAAGGUCUCUCCUAAAUUGUUCAUCUCUAAAGUUUCUAAACCUUGACAACAACAGAUUCAAAGACGCGUUUCCUUUCUGGCUCAAGGCUUUACCGAAUUUGCAAGUCCUUAUCCUCCGUUCAAACAAAUUAUAUGGUCCUAUAUCUCCUCCUCAUCAAGGUCCUUUGGGGUUUCCAGAGCUCCAGAUUUUUGAGAUAUCUGAUAAUAGGUUUACUGGAAGCUUGUCGCCAAAUUACUUUGUCAACUGGAAAGCAUCAUCACUCAUGAAGAUGAACGAGGAUGGAGGUUUAUACAUGACAUACCUAAGAAAUCCUCACACAACAGUUGUCUACUCAUAUCCGGAAAGUAUGGAUUUGCAAUACAAAGGUCUACACAUGGAGCAAGCAAAAAUCCUUACUUCCUACGCCACCAUUGAUUUUUCUGGGAAUAAACUUGAAGGACAGAUUCCUGAAUCUAUCGGUCUUUUGAAGACACUGAUUGCACUCAACUUCUCAAACAACGCCUUCACAGGCCAUAUCCCUUUGUCUUUGGCAAAUCUUACAGAGCUCGAGUCACUAGACUUGUCAAGAAACAAUCUCUCAGGGACUAUUCCUAAUGGACUUGGGAGCCUCUCGUUUUUGGAGUACAUUAACGUGUCUCACAACCAACUUAAAGGUGAAAUACCACAAGGAACGCAGAUUACUGGGCAGCCUAAAUCGUCAUUUGAAGGGAAUGCAGGGCUUUGUGGUCUUCCUCUCCAAGAAAGUUGCUUUGGGAGUAAUGCAACACCAACACAACAGCCUAAGGAAGAAGAUGAUCAAGAAGAAAAGGAAGAAGUGUUGAGCUGGAGAGCAGUGGCAAUAGGGUAUGGGCUUGGAUUGUUGUUGGGAUUGUCAAUUGCACAAGUCAUUGCUUCAUACAAGCCGGAGUGGCUCACCAAGAUUAUUGGUCCGAUUAAGCGCAGAAACCAUUAG